UUGCCGUGCCUGCGGACUUCUCCCAGCCGUUACUACAACUUUACCACCUUCCCUCAUUCAAGGUAAGGCGGGUCAGCCAUGGCUAUAUCCAAGAAGGCGGGCAAAAAGACUGCUCCGAAGUCAGCUGGGGCGACUAAAGUUGCCAAGGCAGACUGGAAAGAAGGAUUCAAGAAGAAACAGGCCGGAGUAUCCGAUAUGACUCUUCUGACAACUAUCGACAACGAUAGCAUCAAUGACAACCUUAAGAAACGUUGGACCGGCGGAGAGAUCUACACUUACAUCGGCAGUGUAUUGAUAUCUGUUAAUCCCUUUAAAGAUCUAGGAAUCUAUACGGAUGAAACCUUGCAGAAGUACAAGGGCAAGAAUCGACUCGAAGUUCCUCCGCAUGUAUUCAGCAUCGCAGAAUCUGCAUACUAUAACAUGAAUGCAUACCACGAAAACCAAUGUGUUAUUAUAUCUGGCGAGUCCGGUGCUGGAAAGACCGAGGCUGCGAAGCGCAUCAUGCAAUAUAUUGCGGCCGUGUCCGGAGGGGAGGAUAACAGUAUACAGGAGAUCAAAGAAAUGGUGUUGGCUACGAAUCCUCUAUUGGAGAGCUUCGGUUGUGCAAAGACUCUUCGAAACAAUAAUUCAAGUCGUCAUGGUAAAUAUCUAGAGAUCAUGUUCAACGACCACGGCGAGCCGAACGGGGCUCAAAUUACGAAUUAUCUACUUGAGAAAGGCCGAGUGGUAGGGCAGAUAGAGAACGAGCGCAAUUUUCACAUCUUCUAUCAAUUCACGAAGGCUGCUUCGGAGGAGCAGCGAGAGCAAUUCGGGUUGCAGGGCCCAGAUGCGUAUUCUUAUACCAGCAUGAGCAACUGCUUAGACGUUCAGGGUAUCAACGAUUCAAACGACUAUGCGGACACGCUGAAUGCCAUGAGGAUCAUUGGCCUCAGUGAUCAGGAGCAGAACGAAAUUUUCCGGAUGCUCGCAAUUACUUUAUGGCUCGGGAAUGUGCAAUUUCAGGAGAUGGAUGACGGAAAUGCGACUAUCUCUGACACCGGAGUGACGGAUUUUAUUGCAUAUCUCAUGGAAGUAGACUCGGCGAUGGUUCAGAAGGUGCUGACAUCCAAAGUCGUCGAAACUCAACGAGGCGGACGACGAGGUUCGGUAUAUGACGUUCCCCUGAAUCCCGCGCAAGCAACCGCUGGAAGGGACGCACUCGCAAAAGCGAUUUACAACAAUCUUUUCGAGUGGAUUGUUGCGAGAAUCAAUGUGUCCAUGAAGGCUCGAAGUGCCACAACACAAGUGAUUGGUAUCCUGGAUAUCUUUGGUUUCGAAAUUUUCGAGGAUAACUCUUUUGAGCAAUUAUGCAUCAACUAUGUCAACGAGAAACUUCAGCAGAUUUUCAUCGAAUUGACGCUUAAGACCGAACAGGAGGAGUACGUGAGGGAGCAGAUCAAGUGGACUCCGAUCAACUACUUUAACAACAAGAUUGUUUGUGAUCUCAUUGAAGAGCGUAAACCCCCUGGAAUUUUCGCCGCGUUGAACGACGCCUGCGCAACAGCCCACGCCGAUCCAGCCGCGGCAGAUAACAGUUUCGUGCAGCGGACGGCCAUGCUAUCUUCCAACGCCCAUUUUGAAGCACGUGGAUCGCAGUUUCUGGUUCGUCACUACGCCGGAGACGUCAUGUACAACAUCUCUGGUAUGACAGACAAGAAUAAGGACGCACUCGUGAAGGACCUCUUCGAUUUGGUCGGUAGUAGCGGCAACCAGUUCCUCCAGACAUUAUUCUCCGACCGACCCGAUCCCUCGAGCAAGAAGAGACCGCCCACUGCUGGUGAUAGGAUUAAGGCGUCAGCAGGUGCCCUCGUGGAUAAUUUGAUGAGAGCUCAGCCUUCUUAUAUUCGAACGAUCAAACCAAACCAGAAUCGUAGCGCAACUGAAUAUGAUUCCAAGGCUAUAUUGCAUCAAAUCAAAUACCUCGGAUUACAAGAAAAUAUUCGUGUUCGUCGCGCAGGGUUUGCGUAUAGGAACACCUUCGAAAAAAUGGUAGAACGAUUCUACCUUUUGUCGCCUUCAACAUCGUACGCUGGUGAAUAUACGUGGCAGGGAGACACGAAAUCGGGUUGCGAGCAAAUUCUCAGGGACACGGGGAUAGCCAAGGAUGAAUGGCAGAUGGGGGUCACAAAGGCUUUUAUCAAGAAUCCCGAAACACUGUUUGCCUUGGAGACUAUGCGCGACCGUUAUUGGCAUAACAUGGCAGCCCGUAUUCAGCGAGCCUGGAGAAACUACUGGCGGUAUAAGAAUGAGUGCGCUAGACGCAUUCAGAGGUUCUGGAAGAACAACAAAGAAGCCCUCGAAUAUGCCAAAGUCCGCGACUAUGGUCAUCAGGUGUUGGCAGGAAGGAAGGAACGCAGGCGUUACAGUCUCCUCAGUUAUCGUCGUUUUCUGGGCGACUAUCUUGAUGUCAAUGGUAAGAGCAUCGUUGGCUCUGACCUGCGCUCCGCCUGCGGUCUUGGUGCGGAGCAGGCCACCUUCAGCUCGAAAGUACAGAUAUUAGUGUCCAGAUUGGCUCGGUCCAGCAAACCCGGCCCACGUUUCCUUGUAGUGACUGCAAAGGCUGUGUACAUCGCGGUAACUUCUAAUAAGGAUGGUCAGAUACACACCUCCCUUGAACGCAAGAUUCCCUUGAUUACUAUCAAAAGUAUAUCAAUGUCUAAUUUAAGGGAUGAUUGGCUGGCAUUAAACUGCAAUGCCUCUGAGGAGGGUGAUCCCGUCCUUCAUUGCCACUUCAAGACGGAGUUGACCGCGAAUCUUCUUACGCUCACGCAAGCUGCUAUCAACGUCGUGAUUGGCCCGUCGAUCGAAUAUGCGAAAAAGAAGGACAAGAAGGCACAGAUUCAGUUUGUCAGGGACGAGACGGUCACAAAAGAUGAUGUAUACAAGAGCCACACUGUGCACGUCCCAUCUGGCGAACCUUCAUCCAGCACCUCUCGACCGGCUGCAAAGAGAAAACCUGGUAUUGUUAGACCGAUCACCCAAGGAAAGCUCCUUCGUGCUGGCGGUCCCUCGGAUAAGUCAAAGACUUACAGGCCGAAGCCAGCCGGCCAGCCACUGCCAGGGAGAUCUGCUCCACCUGCUGCCGUCAAGUCAACACCGGUGGCGCACCCUAAAUCAGUCCCUGCGCGUCCUACUCGUAAUUCAGUUCCACCGCCACCGCCACCGCCACCGAAAGAACCCGACGUAGAGUUAUACAAGGCGAAGUUCGCGUUUGAGGGUCAAGAAGGCGAGAUAUCUUUGAAGAAGGAUGAUACCGUGGAACUAGUUGAGAAAGAUGACAAUGGCUGGUGGCUUGUCAGGAAGGACGGGCAACAGGGCUGGGCUCCAAACAAUUACCUAGAACUUGUGCCGCCAAAAGCCAAAGCGGUACCUGCAGCACGCCCCCCUCCAGCUCGACCACCGCCACCAGCCCAUGCUACCCCUACUCCAAUUUCGAAACCAACUGUUUCGGCCAUAUCUGCGAAGUCAUUGUCAGCAGAUGCGUCAGCUAAACCUGUGGCUGUUUUCCCCGGUCUUGCGCCCUUAAACGGCUCCGCGGCGCCUUGGAAGAAGUCUGCCGGUACAUCUGUUAAUGGGUCAUCAGGCAGUACACCUGCAAAUUCCCGCCCUUCAAGCUCACUAGGCGCAAAACCCCCUCCCCCAGUGGCCACAAAACCUAAACCUGCGCCACCUCCUAUCGCGUCGAAGCCAAGCGGUGGCAAGCCUCCUGCUAAGCCACCUAUGCCCACUGCUCCACGACCAGGUGCUGGUGCUGCGCCUCCGAGAGCAGUUUCGAAGCCUAGUGCACCUGCUGGUCAGCUGGACUUGGCUGCUGCGCUCGCGAAACGUGCUCAGAAGAUAGCCGAUGACUGAUCUAUCAAUUCAUAUAUAUGACCCUCAUACAAUACCCUUCGAUGACUGUUACUUAGAAACGUGGAAUUCAGUGUUCGUGUAAACA